UAACUCAAACGGAAAACAUAUUUUCUUCGCAAACGGCGUGAAAAAUGCCGGAGACGAGUCAGGAGGACCCGAUCUCACUCACGGAUCCGAUCGAUCAGUUACCUCUCCGCCUAUUAAGAUCGGAGAUCGUCCCACCGGCUCCGUCUCGAUCCCAGUCUUCCAUCGACUGGCUCCCCGACUUCGCCGGUUACUCAUGGCUCGCUUACGGAGCUUCCUCUCUCCUCGUCAUCUCUCACCUUCCUUCCCCUCUCCGCGGCGACGAAGACUCCGCAAACGGACCGAUUUUCCGUCAGAUUCUCGAGGUUUCCGGCGACGUCUCGUCUCCGGUCACCGCCGUUUCCUGGUCUCCUGUAACGCCGUCUGUAGGCGAGCUCGCGGUUGGGUCUGGGAACUAUGUUUGCCUCUUCGCGCGUGAUCUUAGCGAUCUGAAUGGUUCUUUUUGUUGGAGUCAGAGUGCUGUAUUGGUGCAAGAAACAAAAGUUGAAGCGAUUGAGUGGACAGGAUCCGGGGAUGGGAUGAUAGUUGGUGGAACUGGCAUUGUAUUGUGGAAGAGAAGGAACCAAUCCUGGGAAAUAGCUUGGAAGUUCCCAGGGGUUUACCAUCAAGAUUUGGUUUCCUCCACCUGGUCAAUCGAGGGUCCUUUGGCGUCAGCAACUUCUUGGAGCAAGUUUCCAUCGGAGUGUGAUGAGGGAGGUAGAGGUGUCUUGGCCUAUUACAGUGACGGGGAGAUAUAUCGUAAAGUUGAAUUGCCUCAUCCUCAGAGAAUAUCCAUGAUUCAGUGGAGGCCGGUGGCUGCAGAGAAGUCUGUAGAACACGCAGGGAAAUCAGUGAGGAAUGUGCUGAUGACAUGUUGUUUGGAUGGGGCUCUAAGGUUGUGGUGUGAGGUAGAUGGUGGAAAGACUAAAAAAGGCAUGAAAGAUGUAAAGGGGCAUAAAAAGUCGUUUUGUGUGGCAGCUGUGAUAGAGAUGAAUCAGGUCUUGGAUGGCUGUUUGGGAAGAGAUUUGUUUGUUUUUUGGGGAACUCGCUCAGGGGGUAUAUUGAAAACCAUUGAGGGUAGUAAUCAAUUGUUUUCUACUGAAAAGUAUGAACAUGAGAAUAUUGGCAACUGUGAAUGGUUAGUAGGGCAAGGACCUGGGAAAUCGGCUUCUUUGUGGGCUGUCCAUUGUCUUGAUGAUAUCUCUCCUAUGAGGUUUCCGAGGAUUACAUUGUGGGCGAGACAAGAAACAAAUGAAACCGGUCUGGAACCACUCUCCAUAGCUGAUGCUAGAGCUUCUUCUGAUCGAUUGCCCCUUAAGAAAGUUUCUGUAUUGAGAAAUAACCUUUAUGGCACGCCAGUUAUCUGCUCUUCAAUUUAUUUAUCUUCGUGCAAUACCAUAUAUUGGUCUUCCUUGCACACAGUAAAAUCACAUGCCUCAGAAGAUUCACCUCCAAAUAAAUCCAGUGUAUUGCAGUGCAUCACAGAAAAAGUAUUAGAUCUUGAUGGUCAUGGUGGGAAAAUUGUACAGGUUGCCUUUACUCCUAUCAUAAGUGAGGCGGGAUACACUGCUUCUCUGGAUUACAAUGGUUUGAUAAUAAUCUGGUCCUCUUGUGAUCAUUUGAACCGUGCUAUUGACCAUCCUAUAUCUGUUUCCUCUUGGAAACCUUGUGGACGGCUUCAAAAUCAAGAGUUAAGAUUGAAGUACACGAGUAUAUGCUGGGCACCUUCAUCAUUGAAUGAUGAGAGCUUUCUACUUGCGGGACAUGUUGAAGGCAUUGAUUGCUAUAGUGUGAGGAAUGGCGGGAGGGGUUAUGGUGGUUUCCUUACCCAUUACAUAUGUACCAUACCGUUUGCAGUUAGCCAGCCUUUUGAGAAUGGCCCGACCAGCAUAUUUGCAAGACCUCUGUCAGAUUCUUGUGGAAAGACAUUCAAAAGUAACAGUUUUUUGCUUCUAAGUGUAUGGAUGAAAGAUAAACGGUUUGAUGCUCUGUCAUGGAAAGUGACCCUGCAUCAUUUCGACUCAGCAGGGAGCACCUGCGACUGUCAUUUUCAUGAAUUUGAUAGCACGGAAUCGGGCAAGUGGUUGUUCGAAGAUACUUUUGCUGGUAAUAAAAAUUGCAUUGCUGUUAGAUCAUGCUCUUCAGAAUUACCUGAAUCUCAUCGUUAUGAUGAAGUUACUAGUUUUGCUGUGGUCAAUCCAAGCGGCAGGGCUCUAGAGAAUGACAUGAGCAUUGAAAGUCAAGCUUAUACUAUGGCAACUGGUCAUACUAAUGGCUCUUUAAAACUGUGGAGAAGUAGUCUUCAGGAAAGUUCAACACCUUCCAUUAUGUGGGAGCUUGUUGGCAUGCUUACCAUUGGCCAAAGUCCUGUCAGUGCUAUAUCUCUAACUGAGUCGGGACACAAGAUAGCAGCACUCUGUACAGAGAAUCAUUUAAAAGCUGUUCGAACAAUUAGCGUAUGGGAAAUUGUACACCUUUUAGAUUCAGGAGUUUUCAUACUAGAGGAUAAGUUACAUGUUGAUACAGAGGUUGUUGCUGUAAGAUGGUCAACUGUGGGUAAUGAUCAGCUAAUGCUUGGAGUUUGCACACAGAAGGAGAUGCGGAUAUAUGGUAUUGCUCGGCAACCCUGCAGAAGUACUAGUUUCGCUGUCUCUGAUUAUUCUUCAGAGGCACAAAUUUGGCAAUGCUUCGCUGUUACUCGUACAUUUUCUGCUAUUCAUGAUUUAUGGUGGGGAUCCAAAGCCAUGAAUGCCCUUGCUCAUAAUGAUUAUGUUAGCCUACAUGGUCAAUGGCUGGCCGUUAUUGACAAGAAGCAAAAGACUGAUAACAAUCCAGAAAUUUUUGCAGCCAAUCUUCCGAACCUAGUGAAUAUUACAGAGGGCAGAGACUCUGAAUUGUUAUCUAAUAGUAUCCCUUUAACUGCGACCGCAUAUGGUUCAGAUACUAUUAAGGACACUACGAGCAUGUUGCAUAUUGUGGAAAAGUUAGGAGGCGCUUUGCCACUCUAUCAUCCACAUGCCCUCCUUGUAGCUAUACGUUCAGGCAACUGGAAACGAGCAAGCGCAGCUUUAAGGCAUCUUGCUGAGUAUAUUACUUCAGGUGAUGCCUCCGUCAAGGAUCAAGGUGCAAAGUCAGAUCUUUGUCCGGAUAUCUUUUUGUCAAAAUAUUAUGAAGGGUCUGUCUCCAGUGGCCCAAAUCUUAAGGAUUUCCAUUGGGGUGGUUCAAUGCUACAGAAUUCUCAGUUUCAAGCAGGGUUGAAGUCAAAUUUCAGUAUGGAUUCUUAUAGUCCCAAUGGUAGUCACAGUUCUCCUGCAACAGACUUAGAAUUUACUGGUUUCUGCGAGCAGCUGGAGAAGUUAUCAGAUGAAGGAAAAAUUUCCAGGACAGAAAAGAUACAAUAUUUUGCAAUUGUUGAUCUUCUUCGUGAAAUUAGUAAUCCACAUUCGACUUCUGUCUAUGCAAGUCUUGAUGAAGCUGGGAGAAGAUUUUGGAUCACACUUAGGUUUAAGCAGCUGUACUUCGCUCGAAGUUUUGGCAAACAAGCAUCUAUUGAAGAGUUGGAUAUUGACUCUAGUAUGAUAGGAUGGGCUUUUCACUCAGAGUCUCAAGAAAAUCUGUCUGGUUCUCUUUUACCCACUGAAUCAUCAUGGCAACAAAUGCGAGCACUGGGUUUUGGAUUUUGGUAUUCAGAUGUAGCACAGUUGCGCCCACGAAUGGAGAAACUGGCCCGACAGCAAUACCUGAAGAACAAGAAACCUAAAGAUUGUGCGCUUCUCUAUAUAGCUUUAAAUAGAAUUCAAGUUUUGGCUGGUCUUUUUAAAAUAAGCAAGGAUGAGAAAGAUAAACCCUUGGUGGCUUUUCUUUCACGCAAUUUUCAGGAAGAGAAAAAUAAGGCAGCAGCCUUGAAAAAUGCAUAUGUGCUAAUGGGUAAACACCAACUGGAGCUGGCUAUAGGUUUCUUUCUCCUUGGAGGUGAAGCUUCAUCGGCGAUAAAUGUCUGUGUGAAAAAUCUUCAAGAUGAGCAGCUUGCGCUUGUAAUUUGCCGGCUUGUUGAUGGGCAGGGUGGAGCCCUGGAAAGUAAUCUUAUAAAUAAAUACAUACUCCCAUCUGCUGUUCGGAGAGGAGACUUUUGGCUGGCCAGCCUUCUUAAGUGGGAAUUAGGAGAGUAUCAUCAGUCAAUUCUUGCUAUGGCUGGAAGUCUAGAGAACCCUGUUACCGGAAGCUCCACUGUUACUUCAAAUCACAUCUCUUUUGUGGAUCCUAGUAUUGGAUUAUACUGUCUCAUGUUGACUACAAAAAAUAGUCUGAAGAAUGCAGUGGGGGAAAGAAGUGCUUCAAAUCUUAGUAGAUGGGCAACCUUGAUGGCUGCUACCGCCUUCAGCAGAUGUGGGCUCCCGCUCGAGGCGUUAGAAUGUCUUUCAGCAUCUGCCAGCGGUCAUGGUGGUACGCAUCAGGCUAGCGGUCUAAGUAAUGGACAUUUGCAUACUCCACGUGAUGUUCUUGAGCUUUCUGAUCCUGAUUUAUCUAAUUGGGUAUCAAGCGGUGUUUCAUCUACUGUGGACACUCGUUUUAAAUUGAGUCUAGCCGUCCAGUCCCUCUCAAAGCUAUUACGGGAAGCAACUGCACUCAUAAGGAAUUCUGAAAUUGUUCCGUGUGAGAAACUCUCUGGAUUUCAACAUAAGCUACAAACAUCUUUGGAGCUAUUAUACCAGAGGUUUUCGUUAUCUUCAUCUUUCCUACGUACUACGAUGAUUAUGUCAGCAUACAACCGUGGGUUACUACCAUCCAUGGGAUACAAUAUAUUUCAGGAAAAUAGUUCCUCAGGACGCUCACUAGAUAAGCCUCACACAAAUGAAGAUCUCCUCCAGGAUUCAGCUUUGUGUAAAUUAAUUCUAAAAGCGACCGAAGAGAACUCGUUUAUAUUGUCACGUAUCAUUGCUGCAUGCAGUGUCACUUGCUUUCACUCAGUGCCAUGCUUUGAGGAAAACAAGGUGCCAUCUGGACCUGAGCCAAAGUUGUCCAAUGCCUUACGAUUUUACUUUCAGGGAAUUCUGCAAUCCUUCUCUAGUUUUGAAACCACUAUAAGGCUGUGCUUGAACUCCUCUUUGGAAAAUCUGAAAACAAGAGUCGCCAUUGUUCUUGAUUUAGUCGAAUAUUGCUCAAGACUCGCAAUGGCUUGGAUCUUGGGAGAUGUAAAUUGUCUCUUUCGAAUGGUGCAGCCCUUGACGAUAUCAUAUUUUCAUGGAGAUAUGCCUUAUGAGGUGGACCUGGAAACCCUGAAGAGAGUGUACCACCAAGACGUUUCUGUUAGUGUUCCAGAUGCGUCAGAUGCAGGACUUUAUUCUGUUGUUGGGAACAACGAAGUUGGAUACCCAGUGAACUCAAUUCCAGAAGAUGAAAGGCGUCUUGUAACACAAGCAUGUUUCUGGAAGCAUGUUUCAGACUUUGUGAAACAUAAGAUGACAUCAAAUUCGAUUGUUCAAGAUGAUGGUAUCUCGAAUAGUAGUUCCUCAGAGAAAUUUGAUGCUCAGACAUCGUUGGAUUCCAGUGGUGCAAUUGUCUGUGUAACUGAGAAGAUCAUGUCCGUUCUGGGAAAAACACUGGUUAGCACCAUAGCUCAACUGUCUUCCUACCAUGUAAAACAACUUGUAUUCUUCUUGAAACAGAAAUUAGAGAAGAGAAUUCAGAUUCCUACCUUGUUAUGGUUGCACGGAUGUCGGGAAUCUCAGGCAAAUUUUACUAAUCGAGCUAUCCCAGAUUCAAGUAUAGAGAAUGAAGACAACAGCGACCUUGCAGUUUCUGUGAGGUUUUGGAAGAUUUGCGUUGAUCCUCAUUUAGUACUCGAAGCUUUCUUGCUAGAAAAUUUUGACAUCUCUGAAUGGUCAAAACUUAAACCAUUGGGAGAUUGGAGCGAUAUGUACAGAGAAGUAACAGGGAAGAAUGAGCUCAAUGUGCCAUGCAAUCAAGAUGGUCUGAGUAGUAAUGAGGUGGCUUCACUUGCACACCACGCUUCUAAUUCUUCGCAGAAAGCUGCAACUGCCAGUGAAAAUUCUGCUUUCCAGGACCCCAAAGAAAUCCAUAAGAGGACCGGGGAGCUUAUACAGGCCCUUUGUAUCAAUGCCAUCAACCAUCGGCAAGCUGCACUAGCUAGCAACCGCAAGGGUAUAAUUUUCUUUAACCAAGAAGAUGGUGGUCCCUGCUAUGAUCAGUCAAACUAUAUUUGGUCAGAUGCGGAUUGGCCACAUAAUGGUUGGGCUAACUCUGAGUCAACUCCUGUUCCAACACGUGUCUCACUGGGUGUUGGUCUUGGGGAUAAGAAAGGAGCACACCUUGGGUUAGGUGGGGCCACUGUUGGUGAUUUUUCUCUUUCCAAGCCGGGGAAAUCUCACAGGGUUCCGGCUUACACUGGGUUAGGAGUCUCUGGUCUAGGUUGGGAAACUCAUGAAGAUUUUGAGCAGCUUAUUGAUCCUCCCCCAAUAGUUGAAACUGUUAUUGCAAGCGCAUUCUCUAGUCAUCCAACAAUGCCUCUCUUUUUGGUUGGCUCAAGCAACACUCACAUUUACUUGUGGGAGUUUGGAAAAGACAGAGCUACUGCAACUUACGGUGUGCUGCCUGCUGCAAAUGUUCCUCCUCCAUAUGCUCUGGCGUCAAUAUCAGCAGUGCAGUUCGGUCCAUGCGGACACAGAUUUGCUAGCGCUGCACUGGAUGGAACGGUAUGCACUUGGCAAUCAGAAGUUGGUGGAAGAAGCAAUGUCUAUCCUGUUGACUCAUCUAUUUGCUUCAAUGGCUUUGCAUCAGAUGUGGAAUAUAUAAGUUCGAGUGGAUCUAUAGUUGCAGCAUCAGGAUGUAGCUCAAGUGGUGCCAACGUCGUUGUAUGGGAUACUCUAGCUCCCCCUUCAACCUCUCAGGCAUCCAUCAGCUGUCAUGAAGGUGGUUCACGCUCUAUCUCGGUGUUUGAUAAUGACAUUGGUAGUGGCUCGAUUUCUCCAAUGAUUGUCACUGGUGGCAAAAACGGUGAUGUUGGAUUGCAUGAUUUCCGGUAUAUAGCAACGGGUAAGAUGAAGAAGCAGAGGAACGUUGAUGGAGAUCAGAACAAGAAUGGGAUGCUUUGGUACAUACCAAAGGCUCACUUAGGGAGUGUGACCAAGAUAUCGACAAUACCACGGACAAGUCUGUUCUUGACGGGAAGCAAAGACGGAGAUGUCAAACUCUGGGAUGCAAAAGCAGCAAAGUUGAUUUAUCACUGGCCUAAACUACACGAAAGACACACUUUUCUUCAGCCAAACUCUAGAGGUUACGGUGGUAUCAUCCGAGCUGGGGUGACAGACAUACAAGUUUGUCCGAAUGGAUUCAUUACUUGUGGUGGUGAUGGCACUGUGAAGUUCGUCAGCCUCAAAGAUUCCUAACUUUUUUACUGCCGAGGAAACGAGCUUAGCCUUCAAGGUUUCUAUAUAAUACGUGAUUUCUUCUCAAAGGUACAAUUCAGAUUCGUUAAUAAUUUUUUUUUUGUAAUGUAUUCUUUUCCCAUCUAUGGUAUAUUUUGUGUGUACACACAUUCACGCACAUAUAAGAUUAUUACGAAGAAGUGCCAAGAAAUGUUGAAUUGACAUUAAUCCAUAUUUUUAAAUUUA